UGUCUUGAAAGCAUGGCGGCGGCGAUGAGUGACGGCAUUGAAAUUAAAUUCGCUCAAAAACUUGCUGGCAAUGAAAAAGAAGGAAGAGAUCGAGCUUUGAAAAAGCUUAAGAAAUGGAUAAAUCUCAAAUCUGAUCCGGGGUCAGAAGAUAGUGCCUUCAGCGAAUUGGAGCUGUUGAAGCUAUGGAAGGGCCUGUUCUACUGCAUGUGGAUGUCGGACAAGCCGCUGGUGCAAGAGGAACUGGCAGAGGAGCUGAGCCAGCUGGUGCACCUGUUCCCCCACGGCCAGGACGCCGUCACCUUCUGCAGUACCUUCUUCACCACCAUGGCGCGCGAGUGGCACAGUAUCGAUGCCAUCAGGCGGGACAAGUUCAUGAUGCUGGUGCGGCGCGUGCUGCGCCAGAGCCUGGCGCUGGCGGUGAGCGCCGGCUGGAGCGGCCCGCUGACCGAGCGGCUGCUGGCCGUGUACGCCGUCGCCUUCGCCUGCCCCGAGGACAAGGCGCGCCUGCCGCUCGGCCUGCAGCUGCACCUGGUCGAGAUCUGCCUGGAGGAGGUGGCUAAGGUGGCUGGCGGACGCCUGGCGCCCCAGCAGCUCGCGCCGUUCCUCCGGCCGUUCGUGGAGGUGCUGAAGGUGAGUAGGGACCGCGUGCUGCGCACCACCGUCACCAACAGCAUCUUCUACCACCUGAUGCGGCAGAGUGACGUCGGUAUUGCGCAUGAGGCCCAGAUCAGCAGGGCGGCGGCCGGCCUGGACAGCGACGACGACGAAGAGGAGGCGAGCGAAGAGUCGGACUCGGCCCCGGACGCCUCGGCCGGCGGGCCACUGGACCCGCGCGCCGGCGGCGUGGACGUCAUGCUGCCGCAGCUGGACGUGGACUACGCCCGGCUGGCCGACGAUCUGGUGGCUGCCGGCGCCGAGCCGACUGUCCGCCAGGCCAGCCGCACUGCCCUCUACCGGCUAGCGCAGCAGUUCCGUGACCUGAGCGAGGGCGAGUACCCGCUGGCGCUGCGGCUGCCGGAUCAGGUGGACUCGGACUCGGACAUCAGCGACGAGGACAUCCAGGCGGCGGUGCAGCGCCUCCAGACAACGAAAGCUCGUCUGAACAGGGACAGUCGCCGAAACAAGCGACUCCUGAACGGCGACGGCGACAACGAAGACGAGCCGGAGCCGAAAAAGAAGAAGAGAAGGCUGAAGCACCAGGUGCUGACGAACGGUGUGAUUGAUACGGGCGAGGCGCUGCUGGCCGAGGCCGGCGCAGCGGAGACAGAGGAAGCGCCGGCCGCGGGGGCGGCGCCAGAGCCGCCGCGCGGAGGGCGCCUUACGCUGAAGGAGCGGCGGCGCCGGAAGCUCAUGGAAAAGAAACAGGCCGAGCUGGACAAGCUGGAGAGGAAGAGGAAAAAGCGUGAGAAGAUGGCGAAGCUGAACGGUACGGCGUCGGCGCUCGAAAAUAGUCAUUCCAUGCAGAAUGGUGAGAUGGGAGAUGGAAAACAUAGUCAAAGUAAGGGUAGGAAGACGGCUUCAGGAACGGGGGUGGAUGCAGUGGUUCAAGAAGGGCGUUUCGCACCUGAAGAAGUGCGGAAUAGUACUAAUUUUAGCCACGUGACAAAGGAGUCAGACAAGCAACCGUCUUCAAAAAUAUCCAAUGUACAAACAGGAAAAGGCGUUUUUAGCUUAGAACAGGUGACUCCAGGCAAGAAGAAAGCUUCGAAGACGAAAUCGGCGGAGGGGGACAGCCCUUCGCCCCGCGCUGCAGCAAACCGGUCCGUCGCUGAGGUCGAAGCGGCGCCGACUCCCCGACAGAAGAAGUCUAAGAACAAGAAGUCGGCGGCGGUGAACGGUGAGGUCGUUGUCGAUAUGGAAACCACACCCCGAGGGAAGAAAGCCAAGAAGCUGCCACCAGCAGAUAGCUGGGUAACUAACGACAUCGAAAAGACCCCGCGGCAGAAAAAAGCCCAGAAGCAGUCGCUACCAGAGAGCGAGACCACUACCGACGCUGAAGCGACGCCGCCAUCCAAGCGCAAGAAGUCCAAGGCGAAGAAGGGCUCGCCCACGAGCGCGGCCUCGCCCGAGCCCGGUGUGGGCGCCGGCCGCGGGCCGAGCAGCGCCACCGUGGCGACGCCUGGUGACCAGCAGUCGGGCUCGACGCUGGACUGGAGCCUGGCGGCGGCGGACGACUGGGGCGACGCGCCCGUCCAGGACGCGGCGCAGGCGCAGUUCGCCCGCUUCGUCGCCUCCAAGCCCGUGCCGGCCUUCGUCAAGCUGCGAUCGUCCAAGGGCGCGGCAAAGGGCGGCCAGGGCCAGGCGUUACCAGCUUCUCCAUCCACGCCAGGCGUCAAGAAGGUGAAGAUUAAUCUCUCCGAAAACAAGUCCCAGGCCCGGAGCGUCCCGGGAGUGGUCCGCGGGCGAGACGGCACAGAGAAGCGGGCGCUGGGACCGGAGUGUCCUCCCACUGUCCACACCCGAGGCCACUGGACCACCAUUCGAGGAAAAACGAUGACGCAAAGAGUCACCCCCUCCUCCGAGCUGAAGAAAGUUUGCAGACAGUGCGAAGGCAAUUCUAACAUCGACGUGUCAGCACGUGCUCAUCCCCUGCUCCCGGCUUACACACACUUGCUCUCAGAGAAGCAGGAUCGUCCCAAGCAGCCCUCUGCCGACAGGGGACUGGUAUCAAGUCGUGAGAACCGCACGGUCAGAUUGGGACGCACGCGCGUAAUUUUUUUUUUUAGUACUUUUGUUUUUAAGAGCGCAGGUUACAGAAAUGAAAUCGAAGGAUGUUUUCCAUUGUGCUGCUUCACAGUGCUGCUGCAUAGUGCCGCAAAGUGUCCAAGUUUGUUGAAUCAGACGUGGUGUUAAAGACGUAUUGGCACGUUACACAGCGUUUGGAGCAUGUGCUUAACCGGGUUUCUCACUCUGCGAUAUCGUUCUGAAAUGUCUGGCACAAGGUUAAAACUUGAAUGAAAAUUUGAAACAACAACGGAUGAUUGAUGAACAACGAACACUUUGUAAGCUAUUCUGGAGUUUUAGAUCAUGAUGAGCGUUUUCGCCAUGCGUCCCAAAAACCGGAGGUGUUGGGUCAUACUCUGAUCCGCCUGUGCAGGCGUGGCAAAGACCAUGACGAUGGCAUACGUUUAAGGAUAAUGUGACAGUGCCCCUUGAUGACGCGUUUGUCUUGACCCCCACGGUCUGCUAGCGCGAAACACAGGAGGUACGACGAUGCUGUUGUGCCAGAAUGCCAGACCAAGCCUCACAUAUUUCUUGCCUAUCGCGUUGGAACUUUUGCGGUUGUCUGUUCCACGUAACGGUGAGGACACUUGCACAUGCAACGACGCAUUGCUGGUCAUUACAACCGCGCCGCGUCGGACGAGACAGCGGUCUUCGUACAUUCAACGACCUCAAUAAUUUCUAAAACUUCCCGGGCGAAUGAGGUCUUGUCGCGGAAGUGUUCUAUGCAUAGCUGUUGUUUGGUUUUGUUCCAAGUGUGGGCUGACUCGGUGACGACAUUCCUGCACUGCUCGCGGUCUGAACGCCUGGAUCGGUGGCGGCG